GUUCGCAUUGACCGAUUCAGCACGUCACGUCCAAACCACACGCCAAAAUGUCGAGCCAAUACGAGAACCUGAGCAGCGACCUCAUCUGGGAGGUAACCCGGAACACCAACUCCUUCCUCGUGAAGCGCCGCCUCGGGUCUGGCAAGCAGGUCGUCUUCUCCCGCGACCCGCUCAACCUCGUCAACAAGCACAGCCGCAAGUACGUCGGAUAUGUCAACGACAAGGCCAUCGGUAUCAACGCAGACGACAACACUGUCCUCCUGACUACCAAGCUGGCCUCGCGCGGCAACAAGCCAGCUGCCCAAUACCAGACUGCCUCCUUCUCUGCUUCCACACCUUCUCGCAAGCUCUACACCAGCAUUGUCAACUCCACCGCCAAGAAGGGCUACCGUCCAGAUCUUCGUGCCGAGGCCGUUGCACGCGCAUCUGCUAUCAAGUCGAGCCAGCGUGACAACAAGAAGACUCGUGUCAGCAAGCCCCGAGGAAAGAAGGCGCAGAAGAGCGAAUUCUUGAAGCUCACCCCAGAGGAGAAGUAGGAGUCUCCUUAUGGAGCGGCCUUGAGGAAACGCGAUUCCGGGGAGGAAUUUUGAUGGCGCCUUUCUAGUUGAUGCAUGCCCAUGUGCAAUGCAAUGGAAUGGGAACGAGUAGGCCGGUCUUAUCUGGAGGGCCAUGCAAGCUGAAAGUUGAAAAUCUCCAGUCGAGCUGGAGAUUUCAUGCCGACAUAGAACUCCCGAAUGAGAUAUGCUGAGAGGCGCAAAUUGAAAUGUUCAGCCAAGGCCACCUCUCGAUUGUGAUCCCAUGUAUGCAGGCAUCCUUUCUUGCUAGUACUAGUGCACACCAAGGCACCACCCCCUCUCCCAAUCAAGCCUCCCAAGGAAGAAAGCAAAAUGCGUCUCCUCAACGUCCACACCCUACGCUUCGAAGAAUUCUACCACGAUGACAUCCAGAGCAUUCCCCGCUACAUCAUCGCCUCGCACCGCUGGAGCAAGCACGGCGAACCGCAGUACAAAGAUGUUUUGAAACAACGUCC